CUUCCUUUUCUUUUUCUUUCUUUCUUUCUUCUUUUCUAUAUAUAUUUAUAUCCUUCAUCUACAUUUAAAAGCAGCUGGUUUGCUUUUUCUUUUCAUUCCCCCCUCCUCCUCGUUUAUUAUAUUCUUCCUUACUAUAAUAUAUAUUAUGCUUACUCUUCAAAAAGUGAUUGAUCGAGUGACAGAAACAAAAUGGUCAAAAUUAUACAUUUCAGUAGCAGUAUUGCAAUGUAUUUUUAUUGUGGUCAUUCAACUUAUUAUAUGUUCACAAAAUACAUUACAAGCCAAUAUGUUACCAUAUACAAGUACUAAUAGCGCGAUGACUUUUAGUACAGACUCUUCUUAUAUUCCAGAAAUGGCAGCUGAUAGACUUGGAAGAAUCAAAUGGGAAAAUAUUGCUUUUGUUGGUUUUCAAGUUUGGUUUGUCGGAAUGGCAUUUGAUGCGACUGUUUAUCAAAAUACUGCUGAAAUCUUAGCUUUAUCUAUUUUAAAUGUGAUUUGCGCUAUCCUUGGUGCUCUGGAAGUAGUGGAUGGACAUAAAUGGCUUGAAAGAUUAAAAACUACUCAUUACAGUACCGAACCUUUGGCAUUGGCUGAAAAAUUAGAAAUCGCUUUAUCUGUCGUCAUUAUGGCUUUUGCUUGUGCUUUAGCUUAUCUUAGUUACGAAAUGUCUCGACAAUUUGGUUGGAAUAUAUAUAAGAAAAUUGGUGCUGAUAUUCAAGUACAACGAAUGUAUCGAACUUUUCAAUUCUUUGUAUUAUCUCUCAAGAUUGAUAUAUUUACUGGUUUCCUUGUAUCCAUCUUUUAUCUUAUUCAAUUUGCUCUCAAGAAAGGGAUUAUGUGGGAAAGUGGAAUUCAACUUGUAGUCACCAUUCUCAUGUUACCAAUGCUUUAUUUUGCUCGUACAGCUGGAAGCACUGAAAGUACUGGUCGUAUGAUUGCAUUUAUUACAUUUCAAUGUAUUGCCAUUGUCCAUUAUGUGCUGAUUUUGACUCAAACGUUUGAACCUGACAACUUUUGGUAUACAUGGAUUGUAUUAGUAUUCGUUAGUUUUGCUUCUGAUGUCAUCACAAUCACAUUAGGGAUCAUCUGUAUGCGAAAUUUCGGUAAAGGAUUGAAACCAUUUGUUCAACGUGGUAGCAACAAAACCAAGUUACAAGACUUGGAAAUGAAUGACAAGGCCAAGGAUAGACAAAGUUGGAGAAUUGAUGAUGAUUAGUUCUUUUUUUUUUAUUUUUAUUAUUAUUAUUUAUUCAUGUACCUUAGUUCAUCAUUUACCCUCACCAAUAUAUAUUUUAUUUCUUUU